ACGCUUGUCCCUCCCGCAAGCCAUUUCACAAUCAAAACCAACCAUUUCCAAACUCCAUUUUUUACCCUCUCAAACCCUAACCCUAACCCUCAAUUCCAAUUUCCAUUUCUGCUUCAUCAUCCACCUAUCAUUCCCAUUUUACCCUUUUGCUAGCCAUGAUUUGAUCUUUUUUUAAAGCUUCCUAUUGAUUUUAAUGCAUGGACAAAUAAUGAUGUUUUGACAACAGAUCACAACAAGUUCUAUCUUUUUUUUGCUGCAUGGUUUUAUAUAUUUUUGAGGAGGGAAUCUAGUGGGAUUUAAUUUUGGAUUUGAAAAUGUCGAAUUAUAUAGAUUACAAUCAAAAGAUUGAUUAUGUUUUCAAAAUUGUGCUAAUUGGAGAUUCAGCAGUUGGAAAAUCACAGUUUCUUGCAAGGUUUGCAAGAAAUGAAUUCAAUGCUGAUUCUAAAGCCACCAUUGGGGUUGAAUUUCAGACAAAAACGCUUGCUAUGGAUAACAAGACGGUCAAAGCACAGAUUUGGGACACUGCUGGCCAAGAAAGUUACAGGGCAGUGACGAGUGCAUACUACAGGGGAGCAGUUGGUGCGAUGCUAGUUUACGACAUGACCAAGCGUCAGUCAUUCGAUCACUUGGCCAGAUGGCUGGAGGAACUGAGGGGUCAUGCUGAUAAGAGCAUUAUCAUCAUGCUCAUUGGCAACAAGUGUGACCUGGGGAGUCUCCGAGCGGUUCCGGCAGAAGAUGCUAAGGAGUUUGCUCAAAGAGAGAAUCUCUUCUUUAUGGAGACAUCAGCACUGGAGGCCACCAAUGUUGAAACUGCCUUUUGGACAGUGCUGACAGAAAUAUAUAGGAUAAUCAGCAAGAAAACUCUUGCAGGCAAUGAUGAGUCGGGUGGAAAUCCAGGUGUCUUCAAGGGAACUAGGAUUUUGGUUCCUUCACAAGCGCAGAAUUCUGAAAAGAAGGGUUGUUGCAUGUAAUUCUAGUCUCCAACUUCGAAACUUGUUUGAUUUUUAGAAUGCUGUCUAUUUUAGUCUCCAUUUAUCGGAACAAUGCUACCUGUACUCUUCGGAAAGUGAUAUCCUAAUUACAACAAAAGUUAA